AGAAAGCAGCAAACAUUCGUAAUGAUUUGCGCCUCCGCCUAGUAGAACCUACAGAGAUUGAAGGAGAUGGCAAGCGACGUUCCUUCGGCUGAGAUCGACGAGACCUCAUCGCCGGUGCCGGCGCCGCCGGCGACACCAAAGCAACGAGAUAAGCCAUGGCACGCUUAUAUCUCAGAGGAUCUGCCUCGCACCGUCCAAGAGUCCACCGAUUCCGCCAUUCGCUCCGCGCGUUUACUCCAGAACACCUCCUCCGGUCACCUUCGCUCUCUUCAGGAUUUUCUUCCUCAAUUGAGUUCACAGUAUAAAGCUUAUGAAGAUGCUUUCGUCCAGAAAGUUAAAGAUGAAGUUGAAAUUGCGAGAGAACAUCCUGUUGUAGUUGGUGGAAUUGCUGUUGCUACUGGCCUCAUAUUCAUGAGAGGACCUAGAAGAUUUCUGUUUCGCAAUACUUUAGGCCGCUUUCAAAGUGAGGAGGCACAAUUUAAUAAAGCGGAGAAGAAUGUGAAAGAGUUGAAGCUUUCUGUUGAUUUAAUGAAGAAGGAGAGCAGAAAACUGUUUGAAAGGGCAGCUAUAGCUCAUAAUGAUAUGAAACGUGGCCAUUCUGAACUCAUGAAUGCUGGAACUCGUAUUCAAAAUCUUGCAAAAGCUGUCAAUAAGGCUGAAGCUCAAGCUACUGAUUUGAUGGAUUUGCUGCGGGAAAUUCCUGGUAGAGAGCCUCUUAAAUUAAGAGCAGAGGUUGCUUCUAUGGCAUCACAUCUCCGACAACAAAAGGCUGCAAUGGAUAAAAGAAUUGCUAAGAUUUCAGAAUUAGGUGUUCCCGUGUGACGAGAUUACCUUAACAAUUAGAUAUCCAUCCAUUUUGCUACAAAAGGAUGUGUGAAAUUCAGGUUGCGAUCUUGAACAGCUAAAAUAGGAAGAAAUGUUUUAAAACUUGUUUGAUACUGUAAUAGCCCAAUAAUAACCUUCUAACCUGGAAUGCUUUCUGGGUGAGCUGAAUCAUACCUAUAUUUCUCUUUUGGUUUAGUAAUGAGAAAGCUGUAGCAGAGUGUGCAGAAGUGAUCUCUUUCGAUCCACUUCUGCCCUGCUAAAAUAUAUAAACAGGACUAAUUAUUGGGUCCACGGCUUUUGAUCUGAAAAAUGUAAUAACAUUGAAAUGUUUGUUCAUAAUAGAGGCAUCUGGUUCAGGUUGUCAUGUAA